ACUUACAUUGUGCAGACUUGGACACUUCAGGCCUAAAAGACCCGCGUCUUCAUGAAAAUACCAAGAUAUCAGCCUUGUAUAACCUUGGUCGGCUGUACGCAGAGAUGGGGAGAAACCAGGAUGCCAUUGCAAUAUACAAGGAGGCACUGAAGAGACGACCAAGCUACUACCAACCUCAGAGUAUCUACAACAUGAUGGGGGAAGUCUACUUAAAACUGGGUCAGUUUGACAACGCUGAGCACUGGUACAAAGAGGCCUUACGGGUCAAGACUGACCACAUUCCAGCCCAUCUGACCAUGGCCAAACUAUUCCAGAAAAAGAACAUGCUGAAGGAGGCUGAGGAAUGGUACCAGAAAGCUCAGGCUAUAGACGCUGGCGAUCUGAGCGUCCAGCACCAUUACGCCCAGUUUGUGGCAGAGACUGGCCGAAUGGAAGAAGCCGCACAGAUGUACCUAGCCGCAGUUGAGAGAGCACCAAACGACUUUGAAGUUGUUUUUAAUGCAGCCAAUAUCCUUAGACAAAUUCAAGACAAUAGUCGAUCCGAGGACCUUUAUCGACGGGCAGCUCUUCUUAAACCAACUGUAGCAACUGCCCACAUGAACUUGGGUGCUAUGCUACAUUUGAAUGGUAAACUGGAGGAGGCAGAGCAGAGCUACCUCGAGGCUCUCCGACUCAAGUCUGAUGACACAACUACUAAACAAAACCUUAUCAAACUACGCAAUCUCAUGAAGAAAGACACAGGCAAUGGAAAGACGAGGCGAUGACAUCGGCAACGUCUUUGUGCUAAAACAGGAAACUUUGUUAGGGCCCUGUGUUCAGGAGAAGAGCUCUUCGCACAUACAGAAAGUACAAAUCUAUGUCUUUGUACUGAUGACAAGAAGCUGGUUAGGGCCCUGUGUUCAGAAGGAAUCUUCAGGCAUACAGAAAGUACAAAUCUUCGUCUUUGUACUGAUGACAAGAAGCUGGUUAGGGCCCUGUGUUCAGCAGAAGGGAUCUUCGCAUGUACCGAAAGUAUACACAGGAACUAUACAUAGAAGAAAGACCUUCAAUGAGCAUGACAGGAAGUUGAUUUUUAUGGGCCCUGUCUCGCAGCAUAAUAGGGGUCUUCAGUACAGCAAGAAGUGUUUCGAGAAUGGCUCACUCUCAGCGUUACACAAAGUGGGAAUGAAUAUCUUGUAUAACUGGACGGAUAUUAUGAUGUAAUUGAACUGUGACACUUAGCAGUAUACAUCAGUAUACUGACGCUACAGCAUGGUCAAUGGCACUUUGAUGACUGGACUUUUGGACUCGAGAUAAACAUUCCAUAAAAUUGUUAAAUUGUUACAAGCGUUCAUCAAAAGUUGUGGAAUGACUCUAUUGACUUUUAAGGUUAAGCAUUAUUAUUGAAGGAUAUUGGUGCCUUUAACUGUUCUAUGUAUGUACUGUUAAAAAAACAUGUUAUGUAUGGUCGGAGAGUGGCCGCCUGGUUGUACAUUUGACCACAGCUGUAAUUCUGUCCUUGUCACCUUGUUACUAUGGCCAAAUGGUGGUCAGCACUGUGUGUCCUGCACUAGCAAUGUUACAUUUCGGAGAGAGCUGUUGCUUUAUCGUGUGUGAUGCCAUGUUGUUGAUAGCAUCUGUAGGAAAAUGACAGACAGAUAGUGUAAGAGAAAGGGAGGGAGUAGAGAAAGAAAGAUAGAGAGAGAAAGAAAGAGGGGUAGAGAG